CAAAGUGCAAAAAAAAAUAUGAGCAUGUUGUUACGUGCCUGUGAAAGCCCUUCUGCACCACAUAUAUUUUUAAGUAUUGAAUGUAUCUAUAAAUCUUUUACGUUAUAAAAAAAAGAAAUCUCAUCAUGUUUUUGUUUUCCACAUACGAUUUUCUUAUUUUAUCACUGCAUGAUUUAACUUGAUGGUAUUGUAUUACCUCGCAUGCAUGCACCUACCAAUAGCGACUCUUGCUUAGUUUAUGUUCACUAAGCAAUAAGUAACUUCUUCUUGGGAACCAGCGAUGAUGAUAAUGUUUUGCACUCCUGUUUCUCUCUUUAAAGUUUAAAAGACGAAUUUGGAUGUUUUCUUGCAACAGCUCUCAGUGUCUCUCUCCUUUCCAUCUACACGACUUUGGAAGGUUUCAACUGUGAGGAAUCUUCAUGGCAAAUAAAGGUGAUAAGAAGUUGACUUGGCUGAUAAAGAGUCUCUCCUCUUGCCCAUCUCUUAUCUUUAGCCCAUUUGUGAAUGGUGUCUGCAAACGAUACUCAGAUGCAUCAGACAAAUCUGAAAAGGAAAGCAUGGAUGUCAGUGGCUUUCACGUUCUUCCUUCACAGGUAGAAUCUGUCAGACUUAUCUUUAAAAGACAUCCGGACAUUGCAGUAGAGUUCCGUGCAAAGAACCAACAUCUGAGGAAAGCAUGCAUGGAUUUCCUGCUCAGCUUAAUCGAGACUUUAUGCCAAUCACUAGAGGAGCUCUCUAGUGAAGAUCUUGUGGAAGCAGAUGUUGCACUGACAUACUUGAAAGACGCUGGUUUUAAGGUGGAAUGGUUGGAGAAGAAGUUGGACCAUGUGAAAGCAAAGAAGGAGAAAGAACAGUUUUGUGUGGCUCGGCUACAAGAAAUGGAGGAUAGUUUACUGAAUCUCUGGAAAAAAUGUUCAGACCUGGAUGCCCAAGUGGAGAAGGAAGAGGAAGAGUUGUCGGCAACGAGAACUCCUCUGUCAUUCGAUGAUGCUGUAUGAUGACUUUGUGUUCUUAGAUAUUUUGUGUUCUGCUGUCUUCUUUUCUUACUUUGUUUCAAAACAA